AUGUUUUAUCUAAUUGAACAAAUUAACCCAACAUUGAAAGAAAAACGAGAAUGUCGAAAACGUGCUGAAGCAAUUUUCAAAAGUAUUGGAUUCAGUAAAAUGCCUAGUUUAAAUGAUUACGAAGUGUGUAUUGCUGUGAAUCUAGUUGAUCCGAAUGUGCUGCAUACAACUUGGGAUUGCAUAGGUGGUCUAGAUUCUGUUAUUCGUGAAAUUGAAGAAUGUGUACUGCGACCAUUACACGCUGGACGAUCUCUACAAAUUGAUUCGAAAUUAUUAAGACCGCCAAAGGGUAUUUUACUUUAUGGACCGCCGGGUUGUGGGAAAACAUUACUUGCUCGUGCAAUGGCACGUGCUGCACAGGCUAAUUUUAUUAAUCUACAGAUAGCUACGCUUGUUAAUAUGUGGUAUGGUGAGACACAGAAGUAUGUGGAGGCUACAUUUAGUUUAGCUGAGAAAAUACAGCCAACUAUAAUAUUUAUUGAUGAAUUAGACUCAUUUUUAACUACACGUUCUCAACUCGAUAAUGAAGCAACACGUAUGAUAAAGACUCAGUUCAUGGCUUUAUGGGAUGGAUUGUUAACACAGGAUACCAGUCAAAUUAUAAUUGUAGGCGCAACAAAUAGACCUGGAGACUUAGAUCAAGCAAUAUUACGGCGUUUACCUUAUAAGAUAAAGGUCCCACUUCCUAAUACAAUGCAAAGAAAUCAUAUUCUCAAAGUACUUCUUAGAGGGGAUCAAGUUGCUCGACAACUGUCUGAAGAUGAUUACAAUCAAAUUGCUGCCAAAACUGAAGGGCUUUCCGGAAACGAUUUAUCUGAAUUAUGUCGUGAAGCAGCUUUUAUUUGCUUACGAUCCCUUCGUGAAGGUGAUAAUGUGCAAACAGAUUUAAUGCUGAAAGUAGAUCACUUUAUACAAGCUCUACAAAAAUACAUGCAUCAUCGAAUUAGACCUGAAUCUGUGGACAGUGAAAAUAACCCUCUUCCUUGCCUAGCGGAUAGAAUUGAAAUAUUGAAUGAACUUUUAAAGGAUCAUAUUGCAGCUCAAAACUUAACACAAGAGGACUACCAAACGAUUGCAAUGGAAACAAAAGGACUUUCAAAGUGUGAAAUAGCUGAAGUUUGUCGCCAUGCUGCUUUCUUGUGUCUACGUUCCUUAAGCGAUGAGGAAGAUACUAAUAAAGACACUAGUCUUCGACUAAAACAUUUUGUCGAAGCUGUUCAAACUUCUUCACUUCGUAAACUCCGUAAUUAA